AGCACUCACAACUAUCCUCCAGAGCAAACCAACAAAAACCCCAAAACCAUCAACAUGAAAUACUUCGCUGUCUGCUUCUUCGCUGUUGUGGCCGUGGCUGCUGCCAAGCCUGGCAUUCUGGCCGCCGCUCCGCUGGCCUACACCGCCCCGGCUGUGGUGGGAAGCGCCGCCUAUGUGGCACCUUAUGCCUCCAGCUACACCGCCCACUCGGUGGCACAUAGCGCCGCCUUCCCUGCUGCGUACACUGCUGCCUAUACCGCUCCGAUUGCGGCCGCUUACACCGCACCUGUUGCCGCUCCGUUUGCUGCUUCCGCUGCAUACGCCGCUCCAGUGGCACGUCUCGCCUCUCCCUACACCGCCGCCUACACUGCUCCCUAUGCCGCCGCCUACACUGCGCCGUUCGCCUCCCCCUAUGCCGCCGCCUACACCUCUCCCUUGGCCUACAGCUCGCCCAUUGCUGCCCCAGUGGCUGCUGCAUACAGCGCACCCAUCGCUGCUGCCGCCGCCGCCCCUCUGCUGCUGAAGAAGUAAGCCCCAGCGUGGAGUCCCUGGCGUCUC